AUGGAUCCCCUCAGUGCCAUCGCGUCCACGAUUGCAGUAGUACAGGCCAUCUCAUCGGUGUACACGACUAUCCGAACCAUCAAGAACCUCCCAGGCGAGUUUAGCGAGGUGGCUCGAAAUCUUCCACUAGUGACCAGCACUCUUGACGCUGCAAGAGUUCGCAUCGAACUUGAUGGCCUGGACAGUGCAGCUACUGCCGCCAUCGUGCCAGUCAUAACCAAUUGCGAGGAGAAGGCCACUGCAUUGCGCGACAUCUUUCAGGAAAUUGAGAACAAAACACGCGGAGGAAGGGACUCGUCAUCGCUGAUGCUCUAUCGCUCUACGGUGCUGCGCCUUGGAAAGGCCAGCCGCGUGGAGGCCCUGAUGCAGAGUAUACUCAAAAGCCUACAAGGUCUAGCGAUGAAGCAAAUUUUUCUAGCCUCCGGUCAGAUCCAGGUUGCCGCGUUGCAGGAUGCCGUCCACAGGCUGGCUGAUGUACCGUCGUCUGUACCCGACUCCGUCUCCAAUGGCUUGGAAAGUGUGGAUCAGCACAUACUUCAAGGAGGAACUGGGAACCAGUUUAUCAACAAGGGGCAGACAAAAACGUCAAUUUUGGCGCCAGUUUCGAAACGGGUGGAGGUCCUGUCUACUAUGGUAUGGAACCUAGGAGGUAGACCGAGGACAUUUGGGUCUUAG